UUCAAUUUAUUUAUUUCUGUAAGCACAUUGUCGCCGCCGAACCAGCCCCUGUUUACACUCCCUUCACUUCAUUCACUGAUUUUGCGAAGAUGGUUUAAAAUUUUGGUUAAGACUUUCCUUUUUGAUGGUGUGUGAGAUGAGCUUAAUUUGGUUGCAUAUGUGGAAUGGCACCUACUCAACAUAAAACAGAGACAGUUUUAGAAAGGAAACCAAAAUCUUCUGUUAAGAUUGCUGCUACUGGUAAAACGAACACUGUACCGUCUAUUUCCGAGAGGAAAGAUUUCAACUGUAGAAGUAACUACAGACAUAACAUUGUGCAAAUAGAAAAUACCUUGAGUGCACGAACUACUAAAGCUUCAAACAGUUCCAUGGAUGUAGCUGUCGAUGUAACUGGGUUUGCAAGAAGCAGCGACAUCAGAUUAGCUACGAAGGCAGAUCCCGAUGAAACUGAAUACUCAAGCUCAUUUGUUGAUUCUACAUCCGAAAAUGAUAAUGGUUCUAGUGACGCUGAAGUGGAGUCACGGUUCUAUGAUGAUAGUGGUUUGUCAUCUUCGUUUGAUGGAUUUAGCAGCUUGUUUCCAAUAAGGAAGAAAAAGUUGACUUCUCACUGGAGAGACUUUAUACGUCCCAUAAUGUGGCGGUGUAAAUGGGCAGAACUCAAGAUGAAAGAGCUUCAGUUGCAGGAGGCAAAGUACAAUAGGGAGAUAUCAGCACAUGAUAGGAAAAGACAGAGGGAGUUUGAUCAAGCUUCUUUGGAUGAGUCAGGCUCAAAAUUGUUGCCAUUUAUUCAUCCAAGGCACAGGAAAAAGGCCAUGAAGAGGAGAAAGAGGAAGAGAGUUGAGCACAGAACAGAUAUUGCAACACACAUGUCUACUCAUAACCUUUUCUCUUAUUUUGAAAAUAAAAGGCUAGAUUUGGAUGCGACACCACCUGGAGAUGAUAUUAGUAAUGCAGCAUUGGCAGAACAGAAAACCAAUGGUCAGGAUGAAUUUGGAAUUGAUGAUGAUUUGUCAAUUCUCGUAAGCAGCAACAGUUAUCUUGAGCAGAUCCUUCGGAAAAUUGAAUUACUACAUAGUCGGGUUCAUAAGCUGAAAGACCAGCUUGAUACAGUGAUGACAAAAAAUGCGAUAAAGUUUUCUUCCUCUGAGAAUUUAAUGUCAUUUGAUGGACAGGCUAGCUCUAUUCCUAGUCCUACAUUCUCAGCAUGCAAUGGAGACACAACAUCAGCUGGAGGUUUAUAUGCUACAUCUCAGCAUGUGGUAGAUUAUGAUCUCGGAGAUUUCAUCAUGCCUGACAGUGCAAUGUCAAGCUAUGGAGAGGCUAUGUGUAUUCCUGACAUAAUAGAAAGUACAGUAGGACUUUUGUCCUCUGUGGAUGUCACGCAGCAGCAGGCGCAAGUUGGAGAUUCAAGCGAAAGAAUUGUUGAUAACAUUCUCAUACAUAAUGAAGUAUCUGAAGUAGGAGGACACAUUUUGGCGAUUAAUCAUGAUAUAUCCUUUGACAAGCAUCAAGAUGUGGGAAAUAACGUGGAAGAAGAAAGCUUUAAUCCAGCUCCCCCUGCAUCAGAAGCUAAUGCAGCAGGUAAAGCAUCCACAUCUCAGGAUCAAUCAACAUUGAAAUCGUGCUUAGCCUCGGAGAUCCAUUUUCCCAAAAACAAAAGAAAGAGAGGAGAGCGUAAAGCCAGUUCGGGUGGUUGGAAUCGUAAGAUGCCAGGUGAACCUGAUAGCCAGUGACUAUUAUUUAAAAUAGAUGUUUUGACUUGAUCAAACAUUUUCAAGAUAUGCAACCUCAUGAUAAAUGACCAGGACACGCUUGCCAUGCAGCUGAACUGCUCAAGUAGGCUGCUCAUUUGAGAUCUUCUCGAGUUCCUUUUGCUUUUAAUAUGAGGAGGCCAUAGUCAGUUAGAGCUGAAAAUAUCACCAUUGGUAGUGUAACCUUGUAGCUGGAUAGUGUAUCUUUUAUCCUUGGUAUUACUUAUGUACUGAGUAGCUGUUUUAGGCCUUGUGAAAUUGAAUGCCCUUUUCAAUUCAAUUAUGCAAGUUAAAAUUAGACAGCAAUUUUGUUCCUAUUAGUGUUUUUCAGAGACAGGCUUCAUAUCCUUUCAGAA